AUGAUGAUCACGUGGACAACAAUGGCUGCCACAAACUACACUAUUGUGGAAUACAACAAAGCUGGUUUUCCUCUUACACUGCGGGAAUCUGGUAGCAACACAAAAUUCACUGACCCACAGUCAGGAAAAGUAAUAAGGUACAUACACAGGGUGAAGUUGACUGGACUGGUUCCUGGUCAGAGAUAUGGUAGGUGACCUCAGUUGUUUUUAAAAAAAGCUUUGUUACUUUUAAGCUUGAUUUCCAGUUGUAUCACUACAAAGAGGAAAUUGUAAGUAUGCCUUGUCUCAUCAGGCUCUCCAACAAAGUUUGAAGUUUAGGAAGAAGAAAGAUUUUAUAGAAAACUGAAUUUUGCAAGAAAUUUCUAUGCACUCCAGAUGUAUACCCAUGCCUAUAGUGCCAGUUUGUCAGUCAAUUACACUAAAUAUUGAUUUUAUAUUGAAGUUGCCAUUGCAUUUAUUUCCAUUUACCAUAAUGUUAAGGAAAUGCAAAAUAGCUGUCAGUGCAGAGUGUUUCUGAGCAGGUGCUUCUCUACAGUUGUUAACAAAUCCCUUAGUGUUAGAUUUUCCCACUGACAUAGGUCAACAGUUUUUAUAAUCCCCUGGUCAAUUUAUUUGCAGAAUAUCACUGUGGAGGAUAUGAUGGUUGGAGUUCACUUUUUGCUUUCAAUGCUAUGAAGUCUGGUGAGGACUGGAGUCCAAGGAUUGCCUUUUAUGGAGAUAUGGGAACUGUAAAUGCUAAAUCUAUCAGCUAUUUGCAGGAAGAUGCUCAAAAUGGAAAAUAUGAUGCCAUCCUUCAUGUGGGUGAGUCAUAAAUGACUAUCAUGCCUUUCACAACCAAGAUCUUUGUAUUUACUCUCAUUGCCGGGAAAGGUCAGGUCAAUAAGUUUGAAGGUAGAAGUAAAGGAAGAAAUAGGAGGCAGCCAAGAUAUUGUGGAUGUCAUUUUGUUUCAUAAGAUUAUAUGCAGGAAUGGGAAUUAUUAACUUCUAAUGUGCCUGGCAUUCCACAAGUUUGAAUGAACCUUUGCGGAAAAUCUGAAUCUAUAGAAUCAAUUUGCACUUGUUAACUUGUUACUGGUAAAUUUAAUUGUAGGAUUAUAAUUUUAUAAAUGAAAAUUAUCUGAUUGUUUACUUGUGUUUACGGUAAAACAAGGCGAAAUUUUAAGAGCUCAUAUUUUCAAUUAUGUUCUUUCCCAGGUGACUUUGCUUAUGAUCUGUUUGAGGUUAGUCUGUAUUCAGUCUACAAUGAUUCCAUCAGCAGUUAUGUUUCUAAUCUGUUAGCUUUUUGGUGUAGAAUACCUAAUAUCAAUAUUCUCAGAUACUGCCUUUGGAUAAUUACUUUGAUUUGAAGUACAGUGCUAACAAAAAAGGGGCAAAUUUAUGAGUAUGCUAUGGUUAACCCUUUUACUCCCACAAGUGACCAAGACACAAUUUCUCCUUACAAUAUCAAUACAAUAUCAAGCAGGCAGGUGAUGAGAAUAGAGAAGAAUAUUAAUCAUGGGAUUAUUAAUUGAUCCAAUACCAAAUUCUCUGAACUAACAUUAUAAGAAUUGUUUGGCAGAUAGUAAGGAGAAUUACUAAUUAGAUCUUGGGAGUGAAAGGGUUAAGAUAAUAAAAAUGAUAACAAUCUUUUUUAAUGAAGGUAGCACAUGAUAUGACAAGUUAAUAAUCAACAAAAAAGAAACAAAUAUAAAAUGCCAUGUAAAUAAUAAAAUUUUCUACACAUAUUUAUGACUGCAAAGUUAUUUUGCAAUGGAUGCAAAACAAACCUAGCCUAGGGAGUUUUUUUCCCCAAUUUGGCUUAUAAAUGAGCUCAGUAAGAAGCAUGCAGACCUUUAUUUCAUGAGGAAGACCGUUCCAAAUUUAAAAAGUGUAAGUGGGUCAGAAAAAAGAGAGGCAUUACAUUGUGUAGCAAAGGUCUCCAAGGUAAAUUUAAAGUACAAGAUGUAAAGUAAGGUACAUUUUGACCUUAGUUGUGGAAUAAAUUAAACUUAGUGCAUGUGCAACAUGUUUUAGCUGUGACACAAAAUGAAUUAAACUAAUCUUCUGCAUGGAUUCAAACAUCAGCAAGUUCUGUUUUCACAGUUUGAUGCUCCUAACCAACCAAGUUGUAAGGAGCUUUAGUUAUCAAGUUGGACCAUGUCGGACAUAAGUCUUGCAUAUUGUUAGGAUCAGCAGUGUCAAUUUAAACUUCCCAAGUGAGGGACUUUUGUGUUCUUUCUCUAGAUCCUCUCUAAUUUAAUCCCUCCUUUUUUCCUUGGCUUCUUUGCCAACAGGAUGAAGGACGAAAUGGAGAUGACUUUAUGAAUGAAAUUCAGACAAUUGCUGCCUAUGUUCCCUACAUGACAUGUCCAGGAAAUCAUGAACGUUACUAGUAAGUUUUUCUUUUGUGUUUCCACAGAGUGUCUUAGUACAUUGCAGCUUCAAAAGGUCAAUAGAAGGAAAUUAACUCAACAAUCUUUAGUGUAUAUAUGCUAGCACUGAAAAAUCUGAUAUCUGAGUUCUAGUGCAAACCCAAAACUUAGAUAUAUUCUGAUCUUAUUCCACAGCAACUUUUCCCACUACAAAAACAGGUUCUCAAUGCCAGGAAAUACCCAAGGGGUUUUUUACAGGUAUGAGUUAUACAUGUAGCAACAUUAACAUGAAUCAUUUCAAUUCCAGGAGUGAUCAAUAAGUUAGUUCUCGUUACAGCACUAAAAGAUUUAUGGAAGAAUGGUGACAUGUUAAAGAAAAAUUAAAUAUCAACUAGAGUGUUUUGUUUUGAAUUGAGAUAAAUUUCUAAGAGCCAGAUCAACAACAAUGUAUAGAAGACAGAGUGGAGGAUGAUAUCUGGAUGUAUAGGGUGUAGGGAUUAUUAUUAUGUGACGAGCAUAGCAAAGUCACUGAACAUUUUUUACUUGAAUUGGUGCGUGGAAAGUUUGGUUUAUUUUCUGGUUCACCAUAGUGAGUUCAUUAACAAGGAACACAUUAAUUUUUGAUCCUUCAAAAGAUUAUGCUAUUUGAUGUAGUCUUGUAUACUAGGAUCUAAGCCUAAGUCUAGCCUGUUCUAGGAAGACAGUUUGUGGGGAUUAGAGGAAACAUGUUAAGGACUGAAGAUUUGAUAUUUUUAUGGCACUCAGCUACAGCAGCAGUUCUUGAAAGAACCAGAAAGAACCAGAAAGAUAACCUUUCUGCAAUUUAACUAUUGAGCUAAAAUUAUGUAUACUCUGUCUAAGCUUUUUCAGUAGCAGUAAAACCCAAAUUCACCAAGGAUCAUUUUUGGCACGCAUUAAUAAACUAAAUUGCCUCAGUAUUUACAUAAGCCUGUUUCUCUUGUGUUUGACCCAAACUGUCAUUCAUUUUUGUCUAUUUUUGUCACAUAGUUGGAACAUUGGUCCUGCACAUAUUAUCAGUUACUCUACAGAAGUCUACUUCUGGUUGGAGUUUGGAAUUGAGCAGAUUGUUCAGCAGUAUGAGUGGUUGAUCAGAGACCUCCAGGUAAAUAAGUUUUAAUGAAAAAAGCAAAUUAAUUUUGAAACAAACUUCACAUUGUGCUGCAGUUGUAGGCAAGUGAGACACCUCCUAGUUUUAAUCAUUAAAUCAGUUGAUUAAGUAUGAUUCAUUAUUCCAAUGGAUGUUUCACAGGAGGCAACACUUCCAGAAAACCGCAGUAAACGUCCCUGGAUCAUCACCAUGGCUCACAAACCAAUGUACUGCAGUAAUGAUAAUAGUGAUGACUGUACUAAAGCCAACAGCAUAGUAAGAUAGCUUUAUUUCUUUAUUUCCUGUCCUCUUUUUGUCCUUGGGAUGAGAGUAAGGGGGGAAAACCCAGUCACCCCAAGUGCUUGGAGAAUUACAAAGGGCAGGUUCUUUAAAAUAUAGCCUGUGGGAAAGUGCUAUUCUUACAUUUACAGAAUAAAGGAGGCAAGGUUAAGGUGGGCACAAAAGGUGAAUAACAUGUGGUAGGAGUCAGGGCGUGAAAUUGCGCCUAAUACAGGCGCCAAUGCGACUAAAUUUUUCACUUUGGCGACCAAAUCCUGAAAGUUAGUCGCCAAAUUUGCAAAGAUAAAUCCGCGGCAAACUUCUUCAUUAAGUUUGUUUCUAAAACGUAGCACGUACUUCUCGAUCGACAACUAGACGCCGUCUUGGAUUUAGAUGAGCCUGAACGUUGUAUAUCAUCCAUCCUAGCGUCCACUUUGUAGCACGUUAAAGAUCUUUUCCCUAACUUAAUUUUGGAGGGUCUAUCUAGAACGCUGACAGCGUAAAGAAAGAUAUUGUUUGUCUUUGAAAAUGGCGACCAACUUUUUUUGAAUUGGCUACCACUUUGAAGAAUUUAGGAGCCAAGUGGCUAUCAGAAAAAAAAGUUAAUUUCACGCCCUGGGAAGGAGGAGCAUGGAAAAAUAAGGAUGUUACUCACACCAUUGAUCUUGGCCGUAGGUGAUCUAAGUAAGAACAAUUGGGUGCAAACAGGAGUCAUUGUUUUUUGUGUUCUAAGGGUUAUGGUGUCUUGCUCCUAUGCAUGCAUGGAUUUCAUGUUCUGAUAAAUAAGACUGCAGAUUUUCUGUGAUUUGGGAGUUGUCUAGUUUUAUUCGACUAGUGCUGCUAAUGCUCAGCUACAAAAGGAAAUCAUAUCACCUAAGUAUGGAUAAAAAUAUUCAUCAGAAAAGACUCAACAGGUUUACAAUGUAUUUGCUUUUGUGCAUGACAUGAAAAUCACUUUCAGUUUAAUUGUGAUGCAGCAUAUUUAUUCUCUAAGUUUGUGCUGAAUGUGAUGCUUUUGUAGAUUCGCACUGGAAUAACCUCUAAGCAUCUGUGGCCUUUGGAAGAAUUGUUUUACAAAUAUGGUAUGAAGAUCUUGAUUUUAUUCAGUAGUUGAUGGUAUUUGUAACCAUAUUGAGUACUUUGCAAGCAAUUUCAGCUGCCAAACUUAAAUGUCUUAUAGGGAUUUAGGUACUAGUAUAUGAAAAGUGUCAAGAUUUGCUGGAUGUUAUAAUUUGAGUAAGAUUUCCCUACAGCCCAUACUUAAUUAUACAUACAGCGCUUGGAUCAAGAAAACAAAGGCAAGAGCGAUUGGUUGCCUUUAAUCCCCACCCUUGAUACCCUAAGAAGGUAAGGCUGAUGAUUUAGGUAGCUCGAUGAUUUUAAAGGAGGUGGAGCUGGGAGAAAGAGCAACGAAAUUUCUCUGGCGGAUCUUAAACGUAGUUCACGGGUCACAGGUGGCAGGUCGCACGUCACGGGUCACGGGUUAGAUGUCAACGAUGUUAAGCAAGACCUGUUACCCGCAACCUGUUAGCCCUGACCUGCCAUUCAUGACCCUUGAUCUGCGUUCAUGGCCAACUUAACUUUCUCCCACAGUUUUCUUUCCCAAGCCUUCCUUUUAGGGGCCUCGCUACUCAACGCAUUAAAAGUCACACACAACGCCUGCUACGCAGGUUACAUUUUCAUGUGAUCCUCCAAUCCUGGUUAUGCUGCACUCAUCGCCUUGGCUUUCUUUUUACCGGAUAAUUUUCCCAGCCCAAAAAGGAGAGUGUCAAAUUUUGGAGUAAAAAGUAAAUUGUUCAAAUGGUUACGUGUUUGUCUCAGGUGCACUUCUCUCUUUUGAAGUUGAAAAGCCUCUGUCUUCCAAAAUACAGACUUACCCCCCACCCCUUCUCCCUUAAGUUAUGCCCCCUCUCGCGCAAAACCCCGCCCAAAUUAUCAUAGUAAAUCGUACAGCCUUUCAAAAUGGAGAUUACAUUGAACGCAUCAGUGGCUGACCGGCACUUCUGAUCAGUUAAAUUUUACUGCUUGUAUUUCAGGUGUAGACAUGAUGUUUGAAGCUCAUGAGCACUCUUAUGAACGACUGUGGCCUAUUUAUGACAUGCAGGUAAGACUCCUCCUGACAUUUCAGUUUCUCCUUAAAUGAACUCCGCAUAUUAAAACACUUAAACACUUAAUUCUUUGUCUGUCUCUUUCUAGGUUUGCAAUGGGUCUUUGGAGGAGCCAUACACCAAUCCCUGUGCCCCCGUUCAUAUCGUCACUGGUUCAGCGGUAUGUCAGCUAUCAGUAUUGAUGCUUGCUAAUGAAUUCACAGACUAUCAUGUUGCAUGAAAUUUUGUGUGGGUUUUUAUUUCUGCAGAUUAGUAGUUUAAUCGGCCUCAAAAGUAGCAAAAUAGAGCAAAUAUGGUAUUUAAGUCAGUAUGCCAACCAGACAUCAAAUAUACUGGUACAUCGUAGUUCAACCCCAAAGAUACAAAGGCAACCAGUCAUUAAUGCAGAACAAGCACAUUGCAUUGCUUCGGAGCGGUUUCUAUCGGUACCUCUCGUGUUCUUUGUCGAGAGACACUUAACAGUUGGAAAGAGUCGCUUUCUAAUAGGAACGAGACACUUUCAAUGGAGACAAGACUUUAGGGUAGUUGCAAAACUCGUCGGGAGAAACGAAGCUCUUCUCGAGAUAGUUCACGCGAGAAACGAGAUCCUUCAGGGGCAGAGAGGGGAUCCUCUUUGGAGAGGGGGGGUGGGUGGGUCUUGAGAAUCGAGAUUGAUCUCCUAAUAAAAGAGACGCGAUUUACUGCACACUGGUGACGUACAUAUGACUUUAUAUCUGUAGUGUAUCGAUACGGUUCAUGAUUUAUAAGUCGCAACAGAUAUCUAACUGUGCCUAAAAGCGCUCAAAAUGUUUGUUUAGAAGGAUGCUUUAAUGUAACUUGGCGUAUUUUUUUCCAGGGAUGUUAUUCUAAGCAUGACGCCUUCAAGAAGGACAAACCAUACUGGACAGCUUUCCGCACUGUGAAUUAUGGUUUUUCGCAGAUGACAAUCUUCAAUAAGACGCACAUUGGCAUACAGCAAGUUGACGUCGAUCUGGUAGGUGCAUGGAAAGAGGAAACCCAAGGGAUUUCUUCUUUGGGAUUUUUCUCAUAGCGUAGGGGGAUUCCCGCUACCUAUAUGGUACACUAGUCUCGAAUUGUCCGUUACCGGUUACAUUAUGGUGAUGAAGAUAAGUUUUCUAAGGUCUUAUGUUCUUACUUUGCCGAUUGAAAAUGAUAAAUAAAUUUUGUAACAUUUGUCACGAGCGUGGGGCAAAGAGGUUCUGUGUUCUCCGGUGUGGAAUCGAACCACAGCCAGUUCCUUUUUCAGGUUCAGUGUUCUACAAACUGAACUAGAGAAGAGAUUUUCUCUUCUCUCCCCUUUGUACGAGGCAUUUAUCGACAUGUGUUUCUUGUUUCCUUGCCAUUUUAUAUUGGGAUUAUCGUAGUUGUUUUUGCUGAAGAGAUCUGGAUUUCUAAUCUUGUGCCAGACAGUGAACUAACUUUGGAAUUACAUUUUCUGUUUACUUUGAUCAGGGAGGAGAGGUUGUUGACGAAAUAAUGCUGAUAAAGGAUGUUCAUGGACCAGAGGCCUGGGUUAGGAAGGAUGUGAAGAAUUGAAAGCUGAGGAAAACGGCGAUAUUCAUUACAUCGCCUGUCGGAAUCUAGCAUCCUAUCCAGGAAUGAUUAAAUGUUGGUUUUUCUCAUUUGUAUGAAUAUGCCUGUAUUGAAACACUCUUUAGAGAAACCUGGGUAAUUUCUUAGCGUAUAUUAACUCUAUACUCUCUUGAUCACGAUGAAAAUUGCACACACGGGACUCUGUUUUGAAAAAAUCCGAUGUUUAAGUUAUUAGAAUCUGUGAAUAGGGGCGUUCAAUGAGAAAGGAUAGUUAUAAUUUAUUUGUAGCAGCUGGCUAUGGAAGAACCAGUUUAAUUUAUUUUAUGUUGUGGCAGUGUAAUCUAGGUUAAGUUUAGGACUCGUACCAUUGUGCUUAUGAAGCAAACGAGGCCAUAAGUUUUAGGACAUAAAACAAUGUGAAUGUCAUUCAUUGUAGUGACUGAAUUGUAAAUCAUGCAGCAUGUUACCGUCAGCAUCUAAUGCUAUGUUUGCUAUGAUUAGUAGGUUUUUUUUUCAACUUUCGAACAAAUUAUGUAACUUUAGAUUCUAGCGGUCAACUAACUUUGACCUGAUAAAAUUUUAAUAAAAAUAAAAAACAAAAAAAAAAAAUUAUUUCAGUAUCAUAAUGCACAGACAGAAAGCUGUAAUUUACCUUAUUCAGGUAGGUCUUAAAAGUAUAUCACUUAAAAUGAUUUUUAAUUUUGUACAUUAGCACAAAUAAAACUGAAAGUUAAUUUUGCGUGUGAAAUAUACAUGGGCCUGUUGGACGAGUUGUGAAGUGUUCAUAUCUUGGUGACGCGAAACAUCCAUGUCAAUAAAUCGGUUAAAAUUGUAUGACAUAACGAACGAUAUGUGGUGAACAAGACUAUGAGCAGUCCUUCCUUUUCGGCGAAGUCAGUGGCAUACGUAAAAAAAAAAACGAAUAAAAAAA